AUAUAAAUAAAUACCUAUUUAUUUACUAAAAAGUUCAUAGUCAUAAUAAAUAAAUAAAUUUUAUACUUUUACUCACAAUAAAAUAAUUUCUUCACUUUUAAUAGUAAAAUUAUUUGCAACUAAAUGAUGAUUAAAGCAAGCGAGACUUUGUCAACUUUGAGAUCGCUGAUGCGAAAUCUGCCAAACAAUCUGGGCUCCAUUCAGGCUUACAUAAUUCCCACAGACGAUGCCCAUCAAUCGGAGUACAUUUGUGACAGAGACAAGCGUCGAGCAUUCAUUUGCGGCUUUGAUGGCUCAUCAGGCAGUUGUGUCGUGACGGAAGACGAGGCUUUGUUAUGGACUGAUGGAAGAUAUUAUCUUCAGGCAAGCAAGCAAUUGAACGAAAAUUGGAAAUUAAUGAAGGAUGGUUUGCCGACGACUUUGACUCUCGAUGCUUAUUUGUGUAAAAACUUGAAAAAAGGAAGCAAAGUUGGAGUUGACCCCAAUUUAUUGUCGGCAAGAAAUUGGUUGCCUCUUGCAAAUUCACUGAAACAACAUGGAUGUUCCUUGGUAGGCAUUGAAGAGAACUUAAUUGACCUCGUUUGGGCUGAAAAACAACCAAAAGCCCCGCAAAAUAAAAUUAUUCCUUUAGGUCUUGAGCACUGUGGCAAAAAAAUCGGAGAUAAAGUGAAAGAGAUUCGAGCUCAAAUGACUGAAAAUUGUUGCUCGGUUUUAGUUGUGUCAGCUUUGGAUGAAAUUGCGUGGUUAAUGAACUUGCGCGGAAAUGACAUCGAUUACAAUCCAGUUUUCUUUUCAUAUUGUUUGGUUAUGAUGGAUGAGAUUAUUCUGUUUGUUGAUGAAAAUAAACUUUCCAAAGAAGUUUUUGAGCAUUUUAAAACAAAUGAAGUUGAGGUUUCGAUUCAACCGUAUAAUGCCAUCAAGCCAACAUUGAAAGAAAAAGCUCAAAAUUGUGAAGGAAAAGUUUGGAUUAGUUUGGGAUCGUCACAAGGACUCACGAGUUUAAUUUGUGAAACGAAAUUACAUCAAGAAAAAACUCCUAUUUCAGUUAUGAAAGCUAUUAAGAACGACACUGAAAUCGCAGGAAUGAAAAACUGCCAUAUUCGUGACGGAGUUGCGCUGUGUCAAUAUUUUGCAUGGUUAGAAAAAGAACUGGAAGAAAACAGAAAAGUCGAUGAAAUUUCGGGUGCUGACAAACUCCAAGAGCUUCGAAGUGUACAGGAUAAAUUUGUGGGCUUAAGUUUUCCGACAAUUAGCAGCUCGGGUCCCAACGGUGCAAUUAUUCAUUAUAACCCAACGCCUGAAUCAAAACGUCCUAUUACGAAAGAUGAACUUUAUUUGUGUGAUUCAGGAGCUCAAUAUCUAGAUGGAACAACGGAUGUGACAAGAACAUUGCAUUUUGGAGUGCCAACAGAAUUUGAAAAAGAAUGCUUCACAAGAGUGUUGAAAGGGCAAAUCGCUUUGGGAACAGCAAUUUUUCCGACUAAAACUAAAGGGCAAUUUUUAGAUACGAUUGCAAGGAAACCCUUAUGGGAUGUCGGUUUAAAUUAUGCUCAUGGAACGGGACACGGAGUUGGUCAUUUUUUGAAUGUUCAUGAAGGACCAAUUGGUAUUGGAGUUCGACCCAUGCCAGAUGAUUGUGGUUUACAGGAAAACAUGGUUUUAUCAAACGAACCAGGUUAUUACGAAGACGGGCAAUUUGGAAUUCGUUUGGAGAACAUUUGUUGUGUAAAACCAUUUAAUUCCAAAUGGUUCAAAUCGCAAGGUGCUUUAACAUUUGAGACUAUUACCAUGUGCCCGAUCCAGACAAAAAUGAUUAAAAAGAAUUUAUUGACUGAAAAGGAGAUUCAGGUGUUGAACGAGUACCACAAACAAGUUUUUGACACAUUAGAGCCGUUGUUGAAAGACGUUGGGGAUGAAUUAACUUUGAAAUGGUUGGCUCGAGAAACAAAAAGCAUUUAAUUUGAACAAAAUAUAUUUUUACUUCGUAAAUAAUAAUAAAUUUUGUUAAAAAAAACUUUUUUAAUAAAAAAAAUU